AUGUUUCGACAAAUCACGUUGACGGCUGCGGUCGCAGCCGUUGGUAUGGCUGCCGUGCAGGCGCCGACCCUCGCGCAAAUCCCAAUCCUGUCCAGCCUGUUCGGGAGCUCUGAUGAAGAUGCGGCACAGCUCGACGGACGCAUUCAGGCUCAAGAUUUGCUCAGCUCACACUUUGGCAUGUAUGGCUGGCCAGGACAGUCUUUCGACUACGUGAUUGUUGGUGGCGGAACUUCCGGCCUCGCGAUGGCACGAAGGUUGUCGCAAGAUGGCUCGGCCUCUGUUGCAGUGAUUGAAGCGGGAGGCUUCUAUGAAAUCGAUGCCGGAAACGCGACAGAAGUUCCCAUGUACCUCUUCAAUUACUUUUUCGACAAUGGGUACAUGAAAAAUCCACUUUUCGACUGGUACCAGUACACAACUCCACAACCGGGCCUGGCGAACCGGGAGAUGUUUUACAUGCAGGGCAAGACGCUUGGUGGCAGCACAGCUCGUGGGGCCAUGUUGUACCAGAGAGGAUCGAAAGGAGCCUACCAAAAGUGGGCUGACCAGGUUGGAGAUCAAUCCUAUAGCUGGGAGAAUUGGCUUCCGUACUUCCAAAAGGGCGUAAAGUGGUCAGGCCCGAACACGAAUCCUCGACCAGCAAACGCCACGGCUGUGCAUUCCACUUCUGCCUUUUCUGCCGAAGGCGGUCCACUCAACGUCGCUUAUCCGUAUCUCACCAACGCCAUCUCGUCCUGGGUGGACAAAGCCUUGGAGAAGUUGGGCUUUGCGCAAGCAUCUGGUUUCUCCGAUGGUAACCUCCUUGGCAGAGGCUACAUCACCCACACCAUACACCCUCACACUCGUCGUCGUGAGACUUCGUCAACAUCAUACCUUCGCGAAGCUUUGAUGGACAGCAAGAAGUUGAAUCUCAACAUCUACACUCGAACAAUGGCCAAGAAGAUCUUGUUCGACGAAAACAAGAAGGCUACCGGCGUUGUCGUGAACACGGAUGGCUUCGAGUGGAAGAUUGCGGCGAACAAAGAGGUGAUCGUGGCAGCAGGCUUCUCCAGAUCGCCUCAACUCCUGAUGGUCUCUGGUGUCGGACCCAAAGAGGUGCUUGAGCCCCUCGGCAUUCCAGUUCUCUCUGAUCUGCCCGGCAUGGGCAAGAAUCUCCAUGAUACCAUCAUUCUUGGCCCGACGUACCCGGUCAAGGUGGAGAGCCACAGCCAGCUGCUCGGCAGCAAGGAGACUCUUCCGCGUUCCAUCUACGAGUACAACAAUUUCCGAACAGGUCUGCUGACAAACCCUGGCCAAGACUUCUUCGCAUUUGAGAAGCACCAGCCUGGCAUGCUCAGCGAGAGCACUGCUGCGCAGAUUGAUGCGGAGUAUCCAGCUGAUUGGCCAACAUUCUCAUACAUCGCGCUUGACGACACGUUCGUGCCGCAAUUCAAUGGCAAGAACUACUUCAGCAUGUCUGCAGCAUUGAUGACCACUUUCAGUCGUGGAACAGUGAGCAUCACGAGCAAUGACACUGCAGUGAACCCGAUGGUAGACCCGCAAUGGCUCGCCGAUCCUCGAGACAAGGAGUUGGCCGUGGCUGCCUUCCGACGUUGCCGAUCUUUUGUUGCGACUGAGACGCUGCAGGAGGUCAUUGCCGGACCUGAACUGCUACCAGGUGCCAAGUACCAGACUGACGAGCAGAUAAUCGAGUACAUCUCCAAGACCUCCGAUGCUUAUUACGCUGGUGUUGGUACUUGCAAGAUGGGCAAGAAGGACGACCCGAUGGCAGUUCUCGAUUCGAAAGCGCGUGUGCGAGGUGUUGAAGGUGUACGCGUUGUCGACUCAUCGUCUUUCCCGUUCGCUAUUGAUGGGCAGCCUAUGGGUACCGUGUACGCGUUGGCGGAAAAGAUCUCAGCGGAGAUCCUGAAUGAGGCAUGA